AUGACCAGCAGUACUUCGAAACUCUUAACCUUCAUUGAUAGCCUGAGCAAUGGCUUCGCAACCUGUUAUCUUAUCCGUCAUCUUUUAGAUCUUGUCACGUUGCACUGCGCGCAACCGCAGCAACCCAUCUCGACCGAUGUAGGCCUUGCCUCAGCCAGAUCGACCCAAACACUGACUCCGGAAACUGGUUCUCCCGUACAGCAGCUUAGCCGGCAUCAUGGUAGCCGCGUCCGAAGUGCGAUUCCGAGCAAGCUCAAAGGCAAAACUGACGCGAAGAAAGGCAACUUUGGCGUCAUGGUCAUUGAUUUCGAUACACAAACGGCGGCAGCUGAGCGUAGCGCUGCGGCUAAACGCACGAGUGAAAGUACUGCCUUGCGUGCAAAGAUCGCCUUUCAGCAUGGCUACGUCCCAUUAUCCCAGAGGAAACUCCAACAAGAUUGCCCUUCUCUCGCCGGGCCGCCUGCUGGUCCAACGGCGCCGCCUGUCCCUGGCGGCGGCAAGCUCGUCUUUUGA